CUCCUGGGCGAUCUUGGGCGGGCUGGCUGACGAGCACCGGCGAGCGGGCCGCCGGGCGGGAGGGCGGCCCUGAGGAGGGGGAGGAUGCCGCCGGCCGCGGGCGGAGGCCUGGCAGGGCCCGAGCCGCGUUCCCGGAGGGCCCGCAGUGCAGCUCAGGCCGCUCGGGCGGUGGGGGCAGAGGCCGCGACGCGAAGCCCCAAACGGCCCGCUCGGGGCUCGGGGCGCUUCCAGGGGGCCGGCCACUGGGCCCUGUUGGCCCUGGUGACGCUGCUGUCCUUCGCCACCCGCUUCCACCGACUGGAGGAGCCGCGGCACAUCUGUUGGGAUGAGACUCAUUUUGGAAAAAUGGGAAGCUACUACAUCAACCGCACCUUUUUCUUUGACGUGCACCCGCCCCUGGGAAAGAUGCUGAUUGGUCUCGCUGGCUACCUGAGUGGAUAUGAUGGCACCUUUCUGUUCCAGAAACCUGGCGACAAGUAUGAGCACCACAGCUACAUGGGAAUGAGAGGAUUCUGUGCCUUCCUCGGUUCUUGGCUGAUUCCUUUCGCCUACCUCACUGUGCUGGACCUGACCCAGUCGCUACCGGCAGCGCUGCUCACCGCUGCCCUCCUCACCUUUGACACGGGAUGUCUUACUCUGUCCCAGUACAUCCUCCUGGACCCUAUCCUGAUGUUCUUCAUCAUGGCUGCCGUGCUGAGCAUGGUCAAGUACAACUCCUGCGCUGACAGGCCCUUCUCUGCCCCCUGGUGGUUUUGGCUCAGCCUGACAGGCAUCAGUCUUGCUGGUGCGUUAGGGGUCAAGUUUGUUGGCCUCUUUAUCAUCCUUCAAGUGGGGCUGAACACCAUUGCAGACCUUUGGCACCUGUUUGGAGACCUCAGUAUUUCAUUGGUGACUCUGGGGAAACACCUGCUUGCCCGCGCCCUGUGCCUCAUAGUGCUGCCCCUGGCUCUCUACAUGGCCAUUUUUGCUGUGCACAUCACAGUGCUGAACAAAAGUGGUCCUGGUGAUGGUUUCUUCAGUUCUGCCUUCCAGGCUCGGCUAGAAGGAAAUAACCUGCACAAUGCUUCCAUCCCUGAGCACCUGGCCUACGGCUCUGUGAUCACCAUAAAGAACCUGAGGAUGGCCAUCGGCUAUCUGCACUCACACCCGCACCUGUACCCCGAGGGCGUCGGCGCCCGGCAGCAGCAGGUCACCACCUAUUUGCACAAGGACUACAACAACCUGUGGAUUAUCAAGAAACAUAAUAUGGACUCAGAUCCUCUAGACCCUUCGCUGCCAGUGGAGUUUGUGAGACAUGGAGACAUCAUUCGACUAGAGCACAAACAGACCUCUCGGAACUUGCACAGUCACUAUCAUGAGGCCCCCCUAACCCGGAAGCACUAUCAGGUCACUGGCUAUGGCAUAAAUGGGACAGGAGAUUCAAAUGACUUUUGGAGGAUAGAGGUUGUAAAUAGAAAACUUGGAAACCGAAUCAAGGUGCUGAGAAGUCAUAUUCGCCUCAUCCAUCUGGUCACAGGCUGUGCUCUGGGUUCAACGGGAAAGGUCCUGCCCAAGUGGGGCUGGGAGCAGUUGGAAGUUACUUGCACCCCAUACCUAAAAGAAACCCUCAGCUCCAUCUGGAAUGUGGAGGACCAUAUCAAUCCCAAAUUGCCAAAUAUAAGCCUGGAGGUGCUGCAGCCCAGUUUUCCUGAGAUUUUGCUGGAGUCCCACAUGGUCAUGAUCCGGGGGAACAAUGGCCUCAAGCCCAAGGACAAUGAGCUCACGUCUAAGCCCUGGCACUGGCCUAUCAACUACCAGGGUCUGCGUUUCUCAGGAGCCAAUGACACAGACUUCCGUGUCUAUCUGCUAGGCAACCCGGUGAUUUGGUGGCUGAACCUGCUGAGCAUUGCCAUGUACCUCCUCUCGGGAAGUGUGCUUGCCAUGGUCAUGAAGAGAGGGGUGCAGCUGCCAGUGGAGGUUGAAGGGUUGUCCCGGGUCCUGCUGCGAGGAGGUGGCCAGGUCCUGCUUGGCUGGGGGCUCCAUUACUUCCCAUUCUUCCUGAUGGGCCGGAUCCUCUACUUCCACCACUACUUCCCAGCCAUGCUCUUCUCCACCAUGUUGACAGGCAUCCUGUGGGACACCCUCCUACGGCUCUGUGCCUGGCGCAUAGCCAAGGGCAUCCAUGCAGUGGGAAUCCUGAGCCUGCUCCUGGGGACUGUCUACAGCUUCUACCUCUUCCACCCUUUGGCUUAUGGGAUGGUUGGUCCUCUAGCCCAGGACCCCCAAAGUCCAAUGGCAGGACUAAGGUGGCUAGAAUCAUGGGACUUUUGAGGCCACUGUAAGGAUACCAGCCUGGCUCCAGACACUGCCCUGGGACCAGACCAUGGACCCUUCUAGCUGUGGAUGAAGCUACCUGAGGAGCCUGGAGAAUUCUGCUUCCCACCAGGACCAGGCUCUGGGAGCAAACCCGGAUGGAGCCCAGCACUGGGGAGGCACAACGCCUGUCUGCAGCACCUGCAGGGGGCAGCAGCAUCUCUCAGCCCACCUGGCUGAGAGGGUUGACUGGGCCCCACGCCAAGGGGCCUGGCGACUGCCGCUGGCAAGCUGCAUAAACUCGAAAGCCCAGGACUAA